CACAGAGUACUAAGAAAUUACUCUGUGGUAGACUUAAAUAUCGAAAAAAAAAAUGUUUUCACGUGCAUGACCUUGAUACCUAAGUAUUAUCCAAAUAAUUUAAUCAAAUAUCUGAUAAGACCAGAUUCUUAUUAUUAUGCUCAAGUGUGCUCACCACGGUUCUAGUACUCAACUCAGAAAAAAAAGUUGAUAUAUGGAUUCUCAAUAUCACAAAAACUAUAAGAACAUGAAGUCUGGAAAAUGUAUUGUUUACUUUCUAAUAGUCCCUAUGUUAAUACUAAUUUGGAGGAUAGCAAUUGCGGGAAAUGAUGUAGAUAAAACACAAAUUCUACGUGAUGCACUGGACUUACAUAAAAACUCAUUGCAGCUCUCCGAACAUCAGCAAUUUUUACUGGAACAUUUGGAAUCUGAGAGGAAUUCCCAAAUUCAUCAAAUUAUAUAUGCAGUUACACCAACAUAUUACAGAUAUGUACAAAGGGCAGAACUUACUCGAAUUUCUCAAACACUGCGGCUCGUUCCAAACAUACAUUGGAUUGUUAUAGAAGACUCUGAAACAAAAUCAGAUUUGGUUCGACAUGUAUUAGCAGAGUCCCAACUUGCAUUCACUCAUUUGAAUGCCAAAACGCCUCCAUUUGAAAAGUUGAAAGGCAAGCCCCACGUGUCGGCCACUGUUGAUAAGUUUCUCAAAAUGCUAGGCUUCCUAAGAAGAUGUACCUCAGAUGUCACUGAUAUCAAAUUCUUAAAAAUUCUGUACUACUCUCUGGACCCAAGAUGGAAGCGUCAUCGGGGAGUCGAACAAAGAAAUAUGGCCCUUUCCUGGAUAAGAAAUAAUCUUCAAAUUGGUAGAGAUAGAGGAAUUGUUUACUUCAUGGAUGAUGACAACACUUACCAUACAAAAUUGUUUUCAGAGAUUAUGAAAGUAAAAAAGGUUGGAGUUUGGCCGGUUGGUCUAGUGGCGGGUUGGACUGUGGAAACUCCAAUAGUAGAUCAUGUAACAGGUAAAGUGAAAAGUUACCAAAGUGGUUGGAGACCGAACAGACCGUUUGCCAUAGAUAUGGCGGGAUUUGCCAUCAACUUGGACCUGAUUUUGACUAAAACAGAUGCAAAAUUUUCUUACAAGAUGGAAAAGGGGUUCCAAGAGAGUGAAUUCCUCAGUUUUUUUACAACAAAGGAGGAAUUAGAACCUUUAGCUGACAAUUGUACAAAGGUGUAUGUUUGGCAUACAAGAACUGAAAAUCCCCCAAUCAAGAAAGUUGUAGAUGGUUUUGAAGUUUAGCAAGUGAUUUAUUCAAUUAGAGCCCAAUAGCAACAAGUCAAAUCAAAAUAUGUAUUAUGUAUGCAUUCAAAACAUCAAGUUCAGUGAUAUGGAAUAACAUUAAACAUCGUUAAGGAA